AUUACCACCAAACAUUCUUAUGACUUUUUAAAUACAAAAUUUCGACGCUGUUAUUUUAAUGACAUUUGCUUGUCGCUUUUUACAAACUAUGCAAAUAUAACAUUAAAUAUAUUCAUGGCUACCGUUUUCCUGCUAUUUUCUUGUUGAUGCCACUCAUAUAUAUCAAAUUGAAUACCGAGCCGGCAAAGCAGCCUCAAAACGGUACACAAAUGCAUCUGUUUAAUCUGAGAUCUGUUGAUCUGUGUGCGUACGAGAGAGAAUGUAAGAGACCACAGGCUGGGGACAGCCAUAACGGCGAGAUUUGGACUAUUAAUAAGACGUUCGAAGGGCUUGAUUAUGGAUCCUUAACAGAAGCCAACACUCCCUCAAGCACCGAUCUGCCUAAGUGGAUUCAAGCUGCGUGGAUUAUCGUAUUCGGCUGUAUGAUCUUGGUUGCUACAGGAGGGAACUGCAUAGUUAUAUGGAUUGUAAUGGCUCAUCGCAGAAUGCGGACGGUAACCAAUUACUUUCUGGUCAAUUUAAGUAUAGCUGACUUGCUUCUGACUCUAUUCAACUGCACAUUCAACUCCAUUUAUAUGAUUCAAAGAAAUUGGCCGUUUGGAACAUGGUACUGCACAAUAAGCAAUUUCAUCGCAAACGCUACUGUGACAGCCAGCGUUUUUACACUCACUGGAAUUUCUUGUGAUAGAUAUCUGGCAAUAGUACAUCCGUUGCAUCCAAGAAUGUCCAAGACUUCCUCUCUCAUCACUAUUUUCUUUAUUUGGACUGCCAGUAUGGUAUUUGCUGUGCCGUGUCUAAUGUAUUCAACAACAUUUAUCUACAGGCACCGGGGUAUAGAACAGAUAGGAUGCAUAAUGAUUUGGCCCGAUAAAAAAGUUGUAGGAUCGACAUAUGACUUGGGGUACCAGAUGCUGUUUCUAGUGAUAGCUUAUUUUGUUCCAAUGUUACUAAUGUCAAUGUGCUACACAAUCAUGGGGAAAGUGCUCUGGGGCUCUAAGUCGAUCGGGGAAUUGACUCAGAGACAACUCGACUCAAUACGGUCUAAAAGAAAGGUGGUGAAAAUGUUUAUUCUCGUUGUUGUAAUCUUCGGGAUCUGCUGGCUUCCAUAUCACGGAUAUUUUAUCUACGUAUAUUUCGAUACGAAAGUCAUCUACAACAAGUACACUCAGCAUGUCUUUUUGUCAUUUUAUUGGUUUGCAAUGUCCAAUGCUAUUGUAAAUCCAAUGAUUUACUACUGGAUGAAUGCGAGAAAGGACAAACUAAAUACUACUAGAGCAUUGUAUAAUAAAGAAAUUAACGCGGACCAUUCUCGUCUUCGAAGCCGUCCAGUAUAUUGGCUACACUUAGAAGUGCGAGCUAGUAAUUAAUACUAACCUUCCUCGAUUUGUGACUGUAUAUGCUGAGUAGGAUUUUCGUUUAACCUAGAUUGUUUUGAACUAACGACAUAGCUUAUAGUUGUUUAUUGGGAAGUUGUUGAUUAACAACCACACCUUAGUGUGGUUGUAAAUAUGGACAGUGGGGCUGGACACGGGAGAGGAGUCAAUCCCCUGUCCCGCUUGAACCCCCGGAAACUGGAAGUAGCCUUAAUGUUAACAAUGGCUCCAAUAUGGAGCGCACAAAUUUAAAACCUAACGUAGAAUAUGACUCGAAAGAUAAGUACACUGUUUAUUAUUGUGACCAAAUGAAAUUAAUUUCGUUAGAAAACAUCGGUAAAUAUUCACAUUUAAAACUAGCUAAGGAAAUAUUUGACCUUCACCUCGUCGAAGUGAAAAAUAUUAAAAAUAAAGGACUGAAUUGCUGGAGAAUUUUUAAACCACAGCGCGACCAACCAUU